CUGGACCUGGGCACCGCCGGCCGCCUGGGCACGGGACUGGGCGGGGGCGCUGACCUCGGCCUAGAAGGCCUGGGAUCCCGGAGCUGCCCACGCCCACGGGUGCCUGCGAGUCGCACGCGCUCCCCGAACCCUUGCUGCUCGCCACUCCUAGGCGGGGUGAGGCCAGGUGCCCCCCUCCUUUGCUCCCUCCUCUCUUUCCCCACCCGUGCCCGCGGGAGAGCUUGCCCGCCCACCCUCUCUUUCAGGGGUGCAGCUGGCUGCCGAGCUGACAGCGGCCCCGCAGCCACCUUGCCCAAACUCUCCGGAAGCGGCCCGAGUAGAUUGGGUGCUCAGGCCGCCACAGCCCCGGACGACGCACGGUUGGACCAGAGGCGCGGGCCCUCUCCCGCGUCCAAACUUGGAGCGUUUGACCUUUGGCUGUCGGAGGAGGCAGGCCCGCUGGUGGUUGGACAACUGCGGCGUCGAGAGGGCAUCUUGCCCGGGUUUCUGGGACCAUCGGCGGCAUUCCUGGGUUCCUGGCUUUGCCUCUGGGAUCCCGAGGUGUCCACAUCAGGCGCAUGUUGACCGAGACCCGGAGUCAUGGAUGUGUGCGCUGGUCUUGCCCUAUGGCUCCUCUGGGGGCUUCUGCAUCAGGGCCAGAGCCUCAGCCAUAGCCACAGUGAGAAAGCAACAGGAGCCAACUCAGGGGCCAAUACUGAGGAGUCCACUGCAGCAGAGUUUUGCCGGAUUGACAAGCCCCUGUGCGACAUUGUAGAUGAAAAGCUCAGUUUUGAGGCUGUCCGCAGCAUCCACAAGCUGAUGGACGAUGAUGCCAAUGGUGAUGUGGAUGUGGAAGAGAGUGAUGAGUUCCUGAGAGAAGACCUCAAUUACCAUGACCCAACAGUGAAGCACAGUACGUUCCAUGGUGAGGAUAAGCUCAUCAGCGUGGAGGAUCUCUGGAAAGCAUGGAAGUCCUCAGAAGUGUAUAACUGGACCGUGGAAGAAGUGGUACAGUGGUUGAUCACAUAUGUGGAGCUGCCUCAGUAUGAGGAGACCUUCCGGAAGCUGCAGCUUGGUGGCCAUGCCAUGCCCAGGCUAGCUGUGACCAAUACCACCAUGACAGGGACUGUUCUGAAGAUGACAGACCGGAGCCAUCGGCAGAAGCUUCAGCUGAAAGCCCUGGACACGGUGCUUUUUGGGCCUCCUCUCUUGACCCGCCACAACCACCUCAAAGACUUCAUGCUGGUGGUGUCUAUCGUUAUUGGUGUGGGCGGCUGCUGGUUUGCCUACAUCCAGAACCGUUACUCCAAGGAGCACAUGAAGAAAAUGAUGAAAGAUCUGGAGGGAUUACACCGGGCUGAGCAGAGUCUGCAUGAUCUUCAGGAAAGGCUGCACAAGGCCCAGGAGGAACACCGCACAGUGGAGGUGGAGAAGGUACAUCUGGAACAGAAACUGCGUGAUGAGAUCAACGUUGCCAAACAGGAAGCCCAGCGGUUGAAGGAGCUCCGGGAGGGCACUGAGAAUGAACGGAGCCGCCAAAAAUAUGCUGAGGAGGAGUUGGAGCAGGUCCGGGAGGCCUUGAGGAAAGCGGAGAAGGAGCUGGAGUCACACAGCUCCUGGUAUGCUCCAGAAGCCCUUCAGAAGUGGCUGCAGCUGACACAUGAGGUGGAGGUGCAAUACUAUAACAUCAAGAAGCAAAAUGCUGAGAAGCAGCUACUGGUGGCCAAGGAGGGGGCUGAGAAGAUUAAAAAGAAGAGAAACACACUCUUUGGCACUUUCCACGUGGCCCAUAGCUCUUCCCUGGAUGAUGUGGAUCACAAAAUUCUAACAGCUAAGCAAGCAUUAAGUGAGGUGACAGCAGCAUUGAGAGAACGCCUGCACCGCUGGCAACAGAUCGAGAUCCUCUGUGGUUUCCAGAUUGUCAAUAACCCUGGCAUUCACACACUGGUGUCUGCCCUCAACAUAGACCCCAGCUGGAUGGGCAGCACCCGCCCCAACCCUGCCCACUUCAUCAUGACUGACGACGUGGAUGACAUGGAUGAGGAGAUUGUGUCACCCUUGUCCAUGCAGUCCCCCAGCCUGCAAAGCAGUGUCCGGCAGCGCUUGACGGAGCCACAGCAUGGCCUAGGAUCUCAGAGGUUGGUAGAGGGUGAGGCUGGCCACUUCUUGACAAGCCGGGUCUCUCUGCGGCGAAUGCGCAGCCUUUCAUCUGGACAGUCUUUCAGUUCUGAAGGCCACGGGACCAGCCCUCCAUCUGCCUGCGCUUCUUCCUCCUGCUGCUCUUCCACCACUACCACCACCACCACCACCACCACCACCACCACCACCACCACCACCGUCCAUGUCCACCCUGUCUAUUACCACCAGAGCACUUCCUAUUUCCUUCAGAUGGAGCCCUCCCCUGACCCACCCCCUUCUGACAGCACCGCUGUGAUGCCUGGGCAUUCAGAGAGCUUGGGGGAUUUGACCCAUUCCGAUUCGGAGUCCUCCCUCCAUAUGAGUGACCGCCAGCGGAUGGCCCCCAAGCCUCCUCAGAUGGUUCGUGCUGCAGAUGAGGCUGUCAACGCUAUGACUUCCAAUGGCAGUCACCGGCUGAUUGAGGGGGUCCACCCAGGGGCUCUGGUGGAUAAACUGCCCGACAGUCCUGCCCUGGUCAAGAAGGCACCACUGGCACUGAACCAUGGGCUGGAUAAGGCCCACAGCCUGAUGGAGCUGAACCCCUCAGUUCCAUCUAGUGGCUCUCCAGUUUUGGAUUCUUCCCGUUCUCACAGCCCCAGUUCCCCAGACCCAGACACUCCAUCUCCAGGUGGGGACAGCCGAGCCCUGCAGGCCAGUCGAAAUACACGCAUUCCCCACCUAGCUGGCAAGAAGGGUGUAGCUGAGGAGGAUAAUGGUUCCAUUAGCGAGGAGACAGACUCCAGUCCAGGCCGGAAGAAGUUUCCCCUUAAAAUCUUUAAGAAGCCUCUUAAGAAGUAGGCAGAAUUGGCAUGGUAGUGGUGGGACAGCUUGUCCUUUGCUGGGUCUUCUGCCUCCUUAUUCUUCACCCCCAAGAUACCUGGGCCCUAGAACGAGGCAUGGGAGGGGCUGGUCCAGGGGCCUGGGCACUGUACAUACCCACUCUCCUUGUCCUUGGGUCCUUCAACAUUAUUUAUUAACUGACCACCCUGGCCUGCCUGCCCUGCCUUCCUCCCAACCAUGGGCUGCUGCUGUCACUCCUUAAGUGCAUGUCUUAGUUGCUAUCCCCUUUCUGCCCCUGAGCUCCUGGCUCCACCUCUGGGGUUCAGCUUCUGCCUCUUUGUCCCAGUUUUGAGGUUUGGUUUCUUGUUUCUCUCUGUCUUAUACUUUCAGGCCCCUCCUUUUCCCCCACUUCCCCUAGCAGCUUCAGGGAAGACAGGUGGAGUCACUUCUGACCCCUGUGCCUCAGAUCAGUCCCACCCUACCAUGUGUGCCCCAGACUAAGGUGUAGGGCCUAAAUUUUGGCAUUUGUUCUUUGGGAGUAUGGUGGGCCUUAGGAAACCUCAGCCUUGAGCUCACUUAGGCCUCUGGAAGUCCAUGGGGAAAUGAAGCCAACUCCCAGGAAAUAAGCCACCAAAGACCUUUGAAAAGAGACCAGGCUAGGGGAUGGGUAGGGAGAGACCUUUCUUAGUUGGAGGAUGAGUGGAUACCAGAGCUGUGUGCUACAAGGCAGUCACCUUUCUUUCCCACCCAUACCUGCCAUCCUUUUCCCCCUGCUUACCCAUACUGCAGGAGGGUUUGUCUCUAAGAGGUGCUGCCCUAAUGCUCCCCAAGCAUAAGUACUUCUGGGGCUCAGGACAAUUGGCUCCCUGGCUAUGGGAGCCACAGCCAUGAUACAGGUACCAGUGGGCCCUGUAGCUGUUGGACAAUGAUGCUGUUGCAUUUGAACCAAAAGACAAAAGUUUAAAAGUGAAAAAAGAAAUCUCCUGAAUUUCCCAAGUGCCUGCACCACAUACUCCCCUUGUCAUAUCUUAUUUUCAUAUUACUGCAUUGCCUGGACCAGAGGCUCAAAAAGGAACCAGUUUGGGGAAGGGGUGGCAAAAGGAAGAUGGUGUAGGUGAAGGCGACUGUGUGACCACUCCACCCCCUUUCCCUUCCUAGCCUCUAGACAACACCCUCCCUUACCUGUUUUUGCUAUGGCUGUUAAGGUAUUUUCCCCUCUGCCACACUCCCUGUCAUGCCGCUACCCUAGGAUCCUAUUUUGGGCCUGGGAUGGUUGUACCUGGGGCUGGUCUUAGGCGGGUGCUAGGCUGCAGACUGCCUUGUACUCUCUGGACCCCCUCACAUGGGUUUUUUUCUGUGUCAUUUCAUAAGACUCUUUGAAGCUCAAUAAAGCAUGUAGGAGAUUUUAA